AGCACGAGGCUUCUGGUCAGCUGUGCUCUGUCCAGCUGCCAGCCAGCUCAGCAUCCCCGACACAGUCCGCAUGGUGUAGCAUCAGUAACUUACUGGCCGUGGCCUUGACCCCCGAACCGGGCAGCAAUACCGCACCGAUUCUCAUCAUAGAACCCUCCUAUCCAGAGGAUGUCACACGGUUGGAGCUACCCAUGGCCGGUCCUUCUGACUGGGUUACCUCCCUGGAGUGGUCCUGGCCCGGCCAGCGGCGGGCCUUGCUGAGUGCCACCGCCUCAGGCCGCGUGGUGGUUUGGACGCAGCCAUCGCAGCAGGGGCAAGACGAUGCGGUGUCCCCCCGCUGCAUAGACGACUGGCACGGGCAGCUGCUGUUAGACGCAGGACCCGCAGGCAGAAGCGCCGCUGCCGGCGGUGCCGGAAGCAGCAACCCCAAUGCCAACAAGCAGCCGCAGCACCAGCCGUCCGUGAAGCAAGAACCAGGGGCCCGUCCUAGCAGUUUCGGCUCCGCCAGCUCCACGCCGCAUCAUGUUAAACAGGAGCCGGGGUAUGAACAACUUGACGGCACGCCAGCAGCAACAGCAGCAGCAGGGUUCGGCAGGACGCCUGGUGGCGACGUGGCGCAUCGAUCGCAGCAGCAGCAGCAGCCCUACCGCAGCCCCACGCCGCGGAUGCAGCCCGCGCUAGCGGGAGUGUGUUGGCUGCGGCAACCGGUGGCGGGUCGGACGUGGAGCACAUCUGCACUGGCGAUGAAGCGGUUUGACCCCUUGGGGGAUGACGGCGGCGGUUCGGCGGGGCCGGGCCGAACCGAACCGGCCCAAAGUUUCGACACGCUGUUCUCGGAUGAGGCGAUGGCGCCGGGGGCAGUCCCCCAUUGGGCGCGGCCACAUCAGCUAACCGCAGCUGUCCUUACGGCAAGCGGCUCGCUCACCAUUCUCUGGGUCAUGGCGUCAAAGCUGCCCAACACGUUAUCCUGGUAUCGUUCUAAAAGCGUGCGGAUACCGCCACCGCCGGAGGCGGCAGAGGCGACAGCCGACGGCGGCGCCGAUGGCGCCGCCACCGCCACCGCAGAGCAGCCCGGCGGCGGCGCAUCGACGGAAUGGCACAUCGCCCGUGCGUCCAUGUGUGCCGUACACGAUGGCAGCUUGGCGGUGGCGGCGGUGUACGGCAAGAGGCGCGAUACGGUGUACAUGUACGGCAUGCGCGGCAAUCCUACGCUGAACGGGCAGCUCGUGACGCAGCCGGGCGCCGUGGCCACGGCAGGUGGAGGUGGAGGUGGCGGCGGUGGGGAUCGGUCCAUGUGCCGGGAAACCCCGUUGGUGCCGCCGCCGACCGUGGCCAUGACGGCUCGUCUGGCGGUGCCCCAGGGGCUUUCCGUACGGCAAUGUCGUAUGUAUCUGUACGGUGCUGCAAUCAAGCGGCUCUUUGUCCUGGCGCAUAGAUCGCCGUCGUCGUCAUUGCACGCCGGGAUACCUGGCUGGGCCAACCCCCCACCGCAGCAACAACACCCGCAGCAACAGGAGUUGAAGCCGGCGAUAGUUUUCUGCUUCUCAGAGACGCUGGACGAUAAGGGCGGUGGAGGCGGGGCCGUGACUGGCAGCUGGCGUGUCGAGCGCUCGUCACAGCAGCUCAUGGAGUCGUACGGCACGGUAGCCGGCGGCGCCGCCAGCGCCGGGGGAGCGACGGCAGAUGGGCCCUCCUCGGACCUUGGAAUCUCCACCGAUGGAUCCAAGCUGGUGGUGCCGUACGGAUCGUUGCUGUACACGCUUGACUCGGAAACGCUGGCCGUGCUGGCAGUCAAAGACAUGGGACGAGUCCACGGACUCGCUCGGGACACAGCUCCCGCUACGCUGCCGGGAAGCCUGUACGGCAAUAUGUACGGAAAUGGAAAUGGCGUCCUUGCGCCGUCGCCGGAAGCGAUGGCGGCGGCGGCGGCGCAGCAGUCGGUGGUACAUGCGGCGACGGGCUGUCUAUCCUCGAACAGCUGCUGCCUCUGCUCUGUCGUACGAGUUGUACGGCAGCACGGUGAUGGUGGUGACCUGUGUGAUUGGCUUCCUGACGACGGCGGCGGCGGUGGCUUCGGUGGUGGGGUCGGUGAUGGCGACGGCGGUGACGUGUUGAUGCUCAACAUCUGUACGGUCCCGGACGUCGUACCGCCGCCGUCUGGCUCCGCUGCCGCUGCUGGCGGCGCUGCCACCUUUGAGCGCAUUGAGGACACGAUCGCCUGCAACAUGGACACCAUGCGGUUAGCAUGGGCCGCGUUGCAUCGGCUCAGCGUGUGGGAUGUGGCCGAGCGGUUGCGCUGCGCCUGGCUGGCUGGUCGUACCGAGCACGUGUGCCGUAGCCUGGAUCAGCUGGACGGUCUGCUAGUCAAGUUGGAGGUGCUACGGCGCCUGCCGCACCCCCAAGCUGCCGUACUUGCGGCAGACCUCCUGGCGGGGGCUCGAAUCCUGCAGUACAGCGACACGCUGGCACUGACGUACGGCCAUCAGGCGGAUUCUCUCAAUCAGCCAGAGGUGUGCACCAUGGCCGCGCACAUGGUUUGGUUCGUUUUGGAGGUACUGACUCUCAUGCUGGCAGGGCUAAAGCUGUGGGCCGAGGGGGUGGCGGCGGACAAGGCCGCAGCACGGGCGUCACAACAGACUGCAGCAGCAGCAGCAGCAGCAGCAGCGGCAGCAGCAGCACAGCAGGGGGAGGAGGGCGGAGCAGCAGCAGCAGCAGCAGCAGGCGGAGGGGUGGCAGCGGGGGGAUCAACGGGUCCGUCAGGAUCGGGGGGUUUGGGUGCGGAGGCGGCGGGUUGGAUGCCCCUAAUCCGAUUGUUUCCGGACUAUAAUUUGAUCAAACACAUCCAGACGGUGUUACUGGGGGCCGGUAACAAAUCCGGAGCCGAGGGGCGGCCCCAGAUGCAGGGGAUGCACCCCGCAAUACAGGAGUUGCUGGGUGGCCCGGAGGUGAUCAGCCGGGCUCGGUUCCUCAUACUCGCACUCAACCACGUCAACAAAACCAUGCAGCGGAUGUUGGGUAUACACAUGCAGGCGCUCCAGCAGCAGCAACAGAACGGCAGCGGGCCGGCGGGACCCGGGACGCAGGGAGUCGCCCAGGGUGCUGCUGCUGGCGGCGGCGGCGGCGGCGGCGGCGGCGGUGCGGGCGCCGUAACACUGGUUCCGGGAGCCCCGGUGGUGGCGGUGACGGCGGCGGAUGUGGAGUCGGCGGUGAAGACUGGGGAGAUGCCCAAGGCGCUGAUGCAGCGAACGCUUCCGUUCGUCUUCUCCGGGCCCUUCCACCUCCACUACAGCAGAGCCAAGGGCCUUAUCUUGCAGGGCUAUCUGGCCCAGUGUUUCCGUAGCGACGACCUGUCCAAGCUGUCUGGCGCCUUCUCCAUGAGCCGCGAGACCCUUCUGGAGCGGUACCGGGCUCUGGGGCUCAGCACACCGCUGCUGGACCCGCGGGGGGCCCCGCACGUGGAGGCGCGGAGGAUGUGGAUGAGCUUCAGGGCUCCUGCGCCCCCUCCCGAGCUUCACAGCCACGUCCUGACCGGCCACGUGAGCAAUCGGCAGCGACAGCGCUGGAGGCGGCAGAGGGGGGCUGCUCUGGCCCUGGGCAGCUCGGCCCCGCUUUGGGCCCAAACCCCGGGUCCGCUGGUGGACUGUCUGACCUCCGUGCCGCUCCCCCCUGGCACGUCCUGGAGCCUGGAGGGGGCGGCGGCGGUGGGUGCCGUCACCGUGCAGAUGGGCCCGGGGCGCGCCUGGGUGUGCUGUGCACCCCCCGCGGAGCUGGGCUCGCAAUGGAAGCGAGCACGACUGGGCCUGGAACAGGACCUGGAGUACUAG